CAGGGUCGCACCGGCCGUGCUGGCGGCGGCCAUCUCCAGCUCCCCUCCUCUGGAGGCGGCCAGAGCGGAGCGCAGGGCGAAGGGGCGGGCGCGCCGGGAGGCUCCCCGCGCGGGGACCGGGUGCCGCACAGCCCGGGGCGGGGCCGCCGAUCCGCAGCCUCCGGCUCGGCUCCCGCCCGCGGCUUCUGCGUCCGAAGGGCGUCCCCUGCGGACUCGCGGAGGCCCUCGGAGCCGGCGCUGGCGGCGGAGGCAUGGCCGCGGGGGCGGCGCGCAAGGCCGGCGCGGGGCUGGAGGCGCCCCCGCAGCGCGAUCAGAUCUCUCACACAAAGCUUUCUGCAGAUGAUGAGUGGAACCUGCAGCAGGAGAAGAUGUACAAGAUGCACCGGGGCCACGAGUCCAUGCACGUGGAGAUGAUCUUGAUCUUCCUCUCCACCCUGAUCAUCGCCCAGAUAGUGCUGGUGCAGUGGAGACAGAGGCAUGGCCGGUCCUACAACCUGGUGACCCUGUUGCAGAUGUGGGUUGUCCCUUUGUAUUUCACAAUAAAACUUUACUGGUGGCGGUUUCUGUCCAUGUGGGGAAUGUUCUCAGUUAUCACCAGUUACAUCCUCUUCAGAGCUACGCGAAAGCCCCUCUCUGGGAGAACACCCCGAUUGGUCUACAAAUGGUUUCUUCUCAUCUAUAAACUCAGCUACAUAUUUGGUGCUGUGGGUUAUUUGGCUAUCAUAUUCUCAUUGAGUGGACUUCAUUUAUUUUUCAAAGUCAAGGCUAGAGAUGCCAUGGAUUUUGGCAUUGUGUCUCUGUUCUAUGGCCUCUACUAUGGCAUAAUGGGGAGAGACUUUGCAGAGAUCUGCUCGGAUCGCAUGGCUUCUACUAUAGGGUUCUACAGCGACAGUGGGAUGCCCACAAGGAGCUUAUCAGACAGCACCUGUGCCAUCUGUGGACAAAAAAUCAUUGUGGAGCUCGAUGAAGAAGGGCUCAUUGAAAACACUUACCAGCUUUCCUGCAAUCAUGUCUUUCAUGAAUUCUGCAUCCGAGGCUGGUGUAUUGUUGGUAAAAAGCAGACCUGCCCUUACUGCAAAGAGAAGGUUGAUUUGAAGAGGAUGAUCAGUAACCCCUGGGAGCGCACACACAUUUUAUAUGGACAAAUCCUGGAUUGGCUUCGUUAUUUGGUUGCCUGGCAACCCAUGGUGAUAGGAAUAGUUCAAGGCAUUAACUACUCACUAGGGCUGGAAUGAUACAGGAAGCAAGGUGUUGCAUGUUGAAAUGUUUUCAAGUCCUUGAUUCUACAUUUACUAUUGAUAAUCAUUUUUUAAUUUUAGAGAUGAUUCCGAGAGUUUAGAAAACUGAAUAAAAUUUGUGGGUCUACCUAAGGCAAUUUGUCUAUGUGGACAGAAUUUAAAGAACUGAGCAAUGAAAUAAACCAACGAAGUACACUCUGCAUCUUUCCCAUUACGAUUGUCUUCUGAUCCACACAUGUGACACGUGUAUUACAAACACCCCCAAGGACAUCCUUCCUCUGAUUUGGCUGGUAAUGAUCUCAUCUGUUGAGUGUUUCAGUGGUUUGCAAAGCACUUCUCACACAGACCAUUUAGUGAUAAUUAAUACCUUCUGCUCAAUUCAGCAUCUCCAAAGAAGCCGGCAGAGUUGUGAAGUAAUCUGCGGUGGAAGGAUAAGGCCUUUUCUACUCCUCGUGCUUGUGACCACUUGGCCACUUUGGCACCACUAAACCCUCCCAUAGAGACAAUUACUCCUGAAACCUCUACACUAGGUGCCACAGCCCACGC